GGCGGGCCCGACCCCGCCCUCGCCCCGCCCGAGUCCGCUCCGGUACCGGCCCCGUUGCCUGCUCCCCGCUCCGGUACCGGCUCAGUUCCCCGCCAUGAGCAGCUCCCAAUUCAACAAGGGCCCGUCCUACGGCCUCUCCGCCGAAGUCAGGAACCGGCUCGCCCAGAAGUAUGAUCCACAGAAGGAGGCUGAGCUGCGGACGUGGAUUGAGAGCGUGACAGGAAAGCAGAUUGGACCUGACUUCCAGAAGGGGCUGAAGGACGGGGUGAUCCUCUGCGAGCUCAUGAACAAGCUGCAGCCCAACUCAGUGAGGAAGAUCAACCACUCGGCUCAGAACUGGCACCAGCUUGAGAACCUCUCCAACUUCAUCAAGGCCAUGGCCAGCUAUGGUAUGAACCCCGUGGACCUCUUUGAAGCCAAUGACCUUUUUGAGAGCGGGAACCUGACGCAGGUGCAGGUGUCGCUGCUGGCACUGGCGGGAAUGGCCAAGACGAAGGGGCUGCAGAGCGGGGUGGACAUCGGCGUGAAGUACUCGGAGAAGCAGCAGAGGAAUUUCGACGAGGCCAAGAUGAAGGCUGGGCAGUGUGUGAUCGGGCUGCAGAUGGGCACAAACAAGUGUGCCAGCCAGUCUGGCAUGACUGCCUAUGGCACCCGGAGGCACCUCUACGACCCCAAAAAUCAGAUCCUGCCACCCAUGGACCACUCCACCAUCAGCCUCCAGAUGGGCACUAACAAGUGUGCCAGUCAGGUGGGCAUGACAGCUCCCGGCACCAGGAGACACAUCUACGAUGCCAAGAUGGGGACAGAGAAGUGUGACAACUCCUCCAUGUCGCUGCAGAUGGGCUCCAACCAGGGCGCCAACCAGAGCGGGCAGGUCUUUGGCCUCGGCCGCCAGAUCUACGACCCCAAGUACUGCCCCCAGGGCAACCAGGGCGAGGUGGCCAAUGCCACUGGGGACCAGAGUGGGGACCUGCCCGGGUAUCACUACUACCGUGAGGAGGAGGAGAGCUACUGAGCAGGAUGGCUCCACCCCACCCACACCAUCUCAUGUACAGCCGCUCUGCCAGCCACAUUCCAGCCUCCACUUUCAUCAUUCCCUCUUUUCAAACUCUUUUUUUUUAACUUUGGAAAUGAAUCUAUUUUUCUGAGCGAGGAAAUAAAGACCCUGUUUCUAGA